AAGUCAACAUCCCAUCCAGUGUGAAUGGAAGUAUAACAACAACAUUUUUCAUUAGUCAUUCGAUAUGAUUGUUUCACAACAGCUAUACGACUGUAUUACUGAACCAAGCAAGUGUGCAGCUCUAUAGUCAGAUCAUUAGAGCGAAAUGAAGUUAUAUCUUCUAGUAGUACUAAUCAUAUCUGUAGCGUUAGCUACAAGUUCGGAAUCUUCUCCACAAUGGCAUCCUAACUAUGCUAGACCCACGAAAGGUAGAUACACCAACAAAGGACUGGAGCUAACUGCAGCAAUCAACAACAACAAUAUGAGAGAUGCAAGUAAUCAGCUGGAAAAGUUCUCACAAAGUCAGCAUGUUGAUGAAAAUACAAAAUUAGUUGCAGCCUCUGCACGUGGUUCAACCAGUGAAGAAAACUCAGACUACAGACAUCAUCACCACCACAAUAAAUCGGAUAAGGAGUUAAGCUCUCAAGAAAAUAAUUAUAAAGAACAUCAUCAUUCUCGUGGCAAACUGGGAAGUCGUCGUCAGUUUAGAAAAGGGCGUAAAAGACAUCGACUUGAAGAACAGUUAGAAUCAGGCUACGAGAGAAACAAAGGCAGCAACGGACACAAGAAACGACAUCACCAAAAUAAAGUUCAUAGUACUAAAGGUAAUGCUAACACUGUUACGCACACACUGGAACACAAACCAACAGGAAACAAAAACAAUAAACAAGUCAAUACACCUGGAAAUCAAGUUCCAGUCGGAAAGUUGCCAAUACAAAACAACUGGCAAGGAGGUCCUUACCCAAUACCAGGACUUGGAUACUCCCCGUAUAAUGCGUUUCCAUACAAUCGAUUCCCAUUCCUCCCUCCUGUACCAGUUCUGUACCAACCACCACCACAGCGAAAGAUAACAAAUGGUCCGCCAUUAGGCACACAGAAUACUGUAACACCACCUCCUACCAAUACACCGAAUGGAGGCAACAAUAUGUACCCAGUUCAGAACAUAAAACAAAUUGAAGACACUUACUCAAUGUUUGGAAACGCUCUACGUCAGCUGCAGAAUGGUCGAAAUUCGAAUUUGAAUGAUGCACAACAUGUAACCUACAUUGUACCCUACAUCAGGCAAUUGGAGCACCUCAAAGCAAUGGUCUACAAUCAACUGAUGAAGCAACCCGGCUAUUCAAUGCCAUACGACCCAAUGAGUGCUAUGUACAAAAGACAACCUGUGAGUUAUCCACAACUUCUCUAUCAACGACUCAAUAGGAUUAACCCUCUGUCUAACCCCCUUCACCCUAAAUACCCAUACAAUAGCCCACUCGGAGAAAUGGAUACAAGAUAUGGUGAUUUACUACAAGCUCCACCACCAUUGCUACCACUUUAUAAUGCUCCGAUGAGGUACAGUACGACUCGAAAUGAGCUCCUAGAUCGUCUACAAUCUCUCUUGGAUCAAUAUCAUUAUGAUACCUAUACACGUCACGCUGUUUUACCAGUGAACGUACAUGUACAUGAAAACAGAGAGAGUACCUCACACCCUUCUUUAACAGUACAACGACCUCAAAACAUUCAUUACUACGUCGACCCGGCAUCAGAUGAACCCAGCCUCGACCGUGUGCCUCAAGAUCACAACAGUGGACCAGUCGAAAUACACUAUCAUUUAUCUCCACACACAGACACACAGCACAAAAGCACAGAGGGGGAUGGGCACUAUCAUGUGUACCUUCCUGAGCAAAAGACAGUCAAGUCGACCAAGAAAAUAGUCAGUGCUCGCGUGGGAGAAAAAUUGAAAGGGUUACUCAAUCAACUCGCUGGUAGCAAACAAACUAAUGUGCAGGAUAAACAAUACGAACUAUCAAUGAAGCCUCACACAUCGUACACAACACAAACAUUACCGAUAAAGACAUAAAGCUGAGGUAACCAUUCAAUAAAAUAAUGGUGACCAGUCAGUCAAGAUUGAAGUGCAGUAGCAGCAUUAGAGAAGUAAAGACAAGCUAAUUAUAAUAUCA